GUGGCCACAUCGCUUGUUCUUCCAGAGGAAGACAGAGGAUGGUAUGGCAAAUGGGUGACAAACGCGGAUCCACUGCAGGCUGAAGGUGUUUUUCAGCGUCGGUGGGACCAUGUGAGGCUUCGACCAUGAGGAGUGGCGGCCAGAGUGGUGUAUGGACAGCAAGCGUGAUUAUACUGUCGAUUGGCACCUGGGUGGGCAAAGUCGGGCCACGUCCGGCGGAUGGGGAGCUCGCGCUCCUGACGUCGCCACGUGAACGAUUGGAAACCGUUCGGCAGGUUCUUUCCGAGGUGCCUUUGAUCGAUGGCCACAAUGACUUACCGUGGAACAUCCGAAACUUCGUCCACAACCAGCUGGCGGACUUUGAUUUCGACAAGGAUCUGCGCCAAGUCGCGCCCUGGAGCAAGAGCGCUUGGAGCCAGACCGAUCUGGUCAGACUGCGACAGGGAAUGGUCGGUGGUCAGUUCUGGGCAGCUUACGUACCAUGCGAGUCUCAGUAUCUCAACGCAGUGCAGCUGACUCUAGAGCAGGUGGACCUCAUUAAGAGGCUCAUAGAAAAAUACUCCCAGCACAUGCAGUUUGCUGCAUCGUCGAGGGAGAUUUUGGAAGCUCAUGGGAGGGGCAGGAUAGCGUCCCUGAUCGGGGUGGAAGGUGGACAUAGUCUAGGGAGUAGUUUAGCCGUUUUAAGAACGCUCUACCAGUUGGGUGUACGGUACCUCACGCUGACACACACCUGCAACACGCCGUGGGCGCAAAGUUCGUCGGUGGAAGACGACGGUGAAAAAGGUGGAGGCCUGUCAGUAUUCGGCAAAGCAGUAGUUCAAGAAAUGAAUAGGCUCGGAAUGCUGAUAGACCUCAGCCACACCUCGAGAUCGACUAUGAGGGAUGCUUUAAGAGUCAGUAAAGCGCCGCUCAUUUUUUCACAUUCCUCGGCAUUCGCUAUUUGUAAUUCCUCCAGGAAUGUGCCCGACGACAUUCUUAAACAAUUGGCUGAUAACGGCGGACUGGUGAUGGUCACGUUCUACAAUUAUUUCGUCAAGUGUGGGCCCCAAGCCAGCGUCUCGGACGUGGCCGAGCACAUAUAUUACAUUAGGAACCUAAUUGGCGUGGACCAUAUCGGAGUCGGCGGGGAUUUCGACGGCAUCAACAAAACUCCCCGUGGUCUCGAAGACGUGUCGAAGUAUCCUGAACUAUUCGCCGAACUUCUCCGCAGCGGCAAGUGGAACGUGCUCGACCUGAAGAAAGUCGCCGGCUUGAAUUUAUUGCGGGUCCUCAAGCAGGUGGAACGUGUGAGGGACGACAUGAGGACAGCGGGGAUUACGCCGUAUGAGCAAUAUCUUACGGAUUCGCCGGACACAGCCGGCAAGUGCGCUCUGGACAUUAAUGCCGUGCAAAGGGUCACGGAAAUCUGAUCGAUCGAUUAUACGCACUGCUUGACAACCUGCGAAACAAUCUUACAUUUGCGGAACGAUCGUGUCAUGCAAAUGGGCACGGGAGCGCCGACUCGAAGCGAAAAUUCAAUUAUCUCUCGAUCACUAUAGGCCCGCGAAAGUUCUUCGAACCUCGUGCGAAAGCUCAAUUGAACGUCAACAUUUGCGAAGGCUCAAAAUAAACCUACCUCGAUACCUGUCUCAUAAAGGCGACGAGCAGUGAUUACCGUUUCCUUUAAGCGAAGCUGCGUCUGCGAGAUACUUUAAGAAGCAAUGAAGGAUUACGUUGUCUAUAAAUAGGUAUAAUAAAAUUAUCAGCCAAGCUUUAACAUAAAGUUCAGUACAUGUAAAAAUCAGGUGUGUGGGUAAUAGCCGGACUGAGGAAAACCAUCUGCCUGGAGAUGAUUCUCUUUAAGUGCGAUACCGAGCUUAAGCUUAAAGUCGCCUUUCGUCGACUAUAGUCAGCUUUAGCUGCAAGAAUUGUAGAUUCAUAAAUCGUUACCCUUACACGCAAGAUAAUCUGCUCGUCGCCAUAUACUACCCAUAAUACACAGACAGACUUUUCUACUCAAUAAGAUCCCAACGGAUUGUUAACAGGCUGGUCGUUACUUUAAGAUCCCUUACUAUCUUGCUGUAAGCAUCUUCACGAUCGUAUAAAUAUCUAAAGCAGAAAGCGAAACGCGCCAUCCAGUAUUCGCAUGAAAAAAAAGCGUCACUGCACCGAUGCACGAGACUGUUUCUAAACUUCGAUGUCUUCCUUUCUUGGGAACGAUCGUAAUAUGUGUGUGAAGCUAUGAACCUCGGCUAUAUACCUUUGAACGUCUUCCUUUCCUUUACUGCACCAACGAAAGCACGUGCUCCGCUAAAGGAAGUAAGUAUUUGCAGAAGGAAGAAUCGACGUCGUGUUUCUACGAGCAGCGUACAUGAUGCUCAUUAAUGAUAGAAACUUUGAGAUCUCUCUCGCGUUUAUAGGUAUUUUUUUAUUUGUCAUGACUUAAUCCUGAAACUCGACUCUGUCCAACCAAUCGCGCCGUAAUAUACUUUAUAGGAUCCACUUAGACUUUUCAUGAAACUUUAAUAUUACUAACAUUUUUUAUAAAAUAAUUUAUGAUGUUUGAAAUUGCAAUUUUUUUAUAAUUAAGAAUAUUCAUUUCAUACAUGAUCUCAAAAUAGGUUCUAUUAUUAAUUAGUAGAAAUAUCAUUUAACACUGAAAUGUUUGACUGUUUCUUUAUUCUUUUAUAAUUAUGAGUUGUUAUAUAAUGAAGAUUAUAAUUACUAUAAUCUUUAUACUUUUAUAAUUAUAAUUUAUUAUAUAAUAUUAUAUAAUUAAAAAAUAGUAUAUAAUUCAUGAACAUAAUUUAGGGCAUCGACUAACGCUAUUACUUUUAAUGUUUGUUUAGAAAAUAUUCAGAUGCUAAAAUCUCUGAUCGCUAUACUUUUAAAUGAUCGAAAUCGCCGGUGAAACGAAAGACCUCCGGGUGUUGUCCAACUUCUCUAGUGUAUUAAACUCACACAUGCACAUAUCAAGCUACAAAACAUUAAAAAAAGAGGUCAUUCUAGUUUUGCACGAAUUUCGCUUGCGUGAUAACGCUGGGGAGUUGCGUUCGCCAGAUUAACAAAUCGAGAGUCACGUACAUACAAAAUUAAUAUGUUGCUUGCAGUGACAGGUGUCGAUGAGGGCAUAAUUGAUACGUACGUGUUUUUCGACUCAUUAUAUCGGGGUUGCGAUCUAUCGCUAAGCGCGCCCAACAGUCUCCUUGAUCAGAAAGAUCAUCAUCUAAAGUCUUCGACGGGACAUUUGGGAGUUGCUUGGAACGACCGAGCGAAUCGCUUUCGCGUCGACUUGUUCCUGGUAAUUUUCACAUAUCGCCGUCUACCUAUCUGUGUCUCGUGUGCACUUAUUAUAUAAUUCGCGCAGGAUAAACCCUCGAUCCGAACUGUGAGCGUAAGUACCGAGUCGACGACUCGAAGACAAGUUAAUCAGUUUGCGCGGAUUAUACGCCACUCCGCCUUUCGGAGUAGGCGAUAAAUUCUAGGAUAUCAAAAGUUCCGUUGUAUCUCUCGAACGAAUUCUAUGAAUAAAUGUUUCUAUUGUA